AUGCUUGGUGUGCAGGCGGCCUCAGAAGACGUCGCGCGUUUCGACUCCGACGGAGGAGACGAGAAAAUGACUCCGCACGGAUGCCUCAAUGAGAAGUUGAAAGUAGAAACACAGAAAAAAACAUGUCGUAUGGAUGCCGAGCAGCAAUAUAACAACACGUUCCAGCUGCACUCAGGACAUAAUACUCGGAAAAAAAUCAUGAAACUUGAUACAGUUGGCAUCAGGGCAGAGUUGCAAGUAAUCAUGUCAGUGAAAGUUGCUUGUGAGACUCUGCUGCUUGUAAUCAUGUCAGUGAAAGUUGCUUGUGAGACUCUGCUGCUUGUAAGCUGCGAACGGAGCGCGGUAGCCCUCCUGGCGAUGGUAGCUCUCUGCCAGGUGCUCCCAGCCACCACCCAGCAAGGCACCCUCCCUGCUUCUGCAAGUGGCGGCCCCGUCAGUGCUCUGGAGGCGCUGAAUAUUGGCUUCGAGGUCCUUCAGCAGCGGAGGACGGAGACUCGACUUCAAGGAGGGCGCGGCCGGAAACAAGGCAGGAGGCAGAGUGCACGGGGAGACUGCUUCUUGAGGCUUCGAAGACGUAUGUGCAAAGGUGGGUCGGGCAGAGCAAGUGAUCGUCAGCGGGAGGAUUCUUGUGCCGGCGGUCCGUUGCAAGGCAGAGGUCUGUCUCAGAUGGAGUGCCAGAGCUUCCUGAGGCGGCUGGUAGGAUGCGACCUGGUUGAGCCCCCGACGCCCUCUUGCCCACCUGGCUUCCCCUACCGCUCCAUCGACGGGUCCUGCAACAACCUGGCCAACCCGAAGUGGGGGGCGGCCAUGAUCCCCUUCAGGAGGUUCCUUGACCCGGCCUAUGAAGAUGGUGUCGACUCCAUGCGCGGGACGAAUCGCCCCCCCGGAAGUUCCCUGCCCUCCCCCCGCACUGUGAGCACCAGAUUGCACAAUGCAGAGCAACGUCCCCAGCGCGGCCUCGUCACCCUCAUGCUCAUGCAGUGGGAGGAAGAGUCUAAGCCUAUCCUGUGCUGCGAGAGAGGAUCUGAACCACCCGACUCCGAUGGCGUGCAAGACUGUCAGCCCAUCGAUGUGUCUGCGGACCCUCUACACAGUGGCGCUGGCAGGACUUGUAUGCGGUUUGUGCGUUCGCUCAUCGGAAACCAGGGAUGUGUUCUAAGCCCUCGAGAACAAACCAACCAGAUCACAGCGUACCUUGACGGGUCCAUGGUCUACGGGUCGGACGAGGAGCAGAGCAGGAGCCUACGACUCAACAGAGGAGGCCAACUCAACGUGACCCGGAGUUUCGUUCCGGGACACGGCAACCUCCUCCCUUUCCUCGAGUGCGAGCCUGAGGAAGGGAUGGUCACUGGAGGACAGUGUUUCAAGGGAGGUGACGUGCGGGUGAACGAGCAACCUGGCUUGGCCUCCAUGCACACUCUGUGGACCCGCGCUCACAACACGCUGGCGGCUCAGCUGUCUGUUAUCAAUCCUUCCUGGGAUAACGAUAGACUUUAUGAGGAAACAAGACGCAUUAUCGGAGCUUUAAUCCAGCAAAUCACAUACAGAGAUUUCCUUCCAAUCGUGUUGGGAGAUGCACUUAUGAGAGAGUUUGAUCUGUAUCCACUUACUGCAGGAUACAGUAACUCAUACAAUCCCUCAGUAGAUGCGUCCAUUGCAAAUGCAUUUGCAACAGCAGCUUAUAGGUUCGGCCAUACGUUGGUGGACGACACGCUCCGCGGCGCCGGAACCUCUAUACCACUGGUGGGGAACUUCUUCAACCCGAGGCCUUUGUUCCAGUUCCAGACGAGGCCCUCGGCGUUGCUGGAGGGCCUUGCCUCUGUAAACGCACAGCCGGCCGACGCCUUUCUAGUGCCCUCUCUCACGCACAACCUCUUCAAGCAAGAGACAGAGGCCAUCGGGAUGGAUCUGAUGGCGCUCAACAUUCAGAGAGGGCGUGAUCACGGCAUCCCGCCAUACACAGCGUGGAGGAGAGGCUGCAACCUCCCCGUGCCCGCCUCCGUCAGCGACCUCGCCCAGAUCAUGUCUCCGGUGGUGGCGCAGGAGUUCCAGGGGCUCUAUCCGUCAGUUGACGACAUCGACCUGUUCCCCGCUGGUCUGGCCGAGCAGCCUGUACCCGACGGCCUGCUCGGUCCUACCUUCACCUGCAUCAUCGCCCACCAGUUCGCCAGACUCAAGCGAGGAGACCGAUUUUGGUUCGAAAAUCCUAACCAGCCUAAGCCUUUUACUGAAGCACAACUGGCUUCCAUCCGGCGGAUCGGCCUCUCCUCAAUCCUUUGCCAAAACAGCAAUCUCGAAUUCAUUCAGCUUAACCCUUUCAUUUCUGCCAAUGUUCGUGGUAACGAGCCUCGACCCUGCGCCUCCUUCCCCUCCCUGGACGUGUCUCUGUGGCGGGAAGGAAGCACCACCCCGAACCCAACGUAUCCUACAGGACCUACACCGUAUCCGCCGACCCAGCCUCCGUCUUACUACCUCCCUGUUCCCCCACCCGGCAGACCGGAAGUACCAGGUCUGUAUCAAACACCAGUGUAGGGGCCGUGGAUUCGGGAUACAGCCGCCCUGUAAUCGCCGUUUCGAACCAGUGCUUUUGGAUAAUGGAAAUAAAAUUGCAGUUUUAAUAAUAAA